AUGUCGCGAUCCGAGUUUGUGGACUGUGUCCAUCCCGUGUAUGAGAGAAUCGAGCUUUACGACGCCAAAAGCGUGCCCACCGACCAGCCCAAGAACGAUGCCGCUGAUGGAGUCAAGGCUCUGCCACAAGGCUUCAUCGAUGCCAUGAUUGUUCGUGAAGAGGUCUUCGUGCGUGAACAGAACAUCGCGCUCGAGAAUGAACUCGACGAGGACGAUCAACGAAGCUUUCAUUGGGUCGCAUACGCCUCUCUUCCGGCCAAGCAUACCUCGCCCGAGAUAGCUGCCCAGGGUGCCAAUGGGAAGAAUAAUGCUGCUAGGCGCAUCAGCAACAGUACUAAGAUUCCCAUCGGCACAAUUCGUUUGGUACCUCCACCACAUGCUCCCCAUUCGGACGCUUCUGGAGACAGCAUCAACGACACCACUGAGUCCCAAAACGAAGACCGCAAGGACAGCUCUGUUGCGCAUGAUCCAAAAGAAUCAUACAUCAAGCUUGGCCGCCUAGCUGUCAUCAAGGAGUUCCGUAAAGCAGGCAUUUCCAAGCUCCUGAUCGAGACGGCCCUGAGCUUCGCACGAGAGCACCACUACGUCUUCUCACCGAACCACGACCCGGCCAAGUUCGAGGCGUCCAAGCAACUUUCGGAUCGCGGCGUCACGCUUGACUGGAAGGGUCUUGUGCUUGUACAUGCUCAGACUGGCGUGCAGAAGAUUUGGCGUAAAUAUGGCUUUGAGACUGAUACCACUAUGGGCGAGUGGGAUGAGGAGGGUAUCAUGCAUGUUGGGAUGUGGCGCAGGAUGGACAUUGGGCGCAGGAAGAGCAAGGCUUUUCACAUCGGCAGUCCACUGGCUAGCCCGUGA